UGAACUAUCCAGACAGAGCCGCAGCUCACCACUGCUGCAAGCCUGAAUCUGUUUCUCGCAGGAUCUGGAACACAAAAGAGGAAGCAUGCCCACCUCAGACUAUGUUUUCGAGAAGGGGAAUUUCGACGUCACACCUGAGAUCAAACGAGACUUCGAAGAGAAUGGCUACGUCAUCAUCAGGGGUAUUCUUGACAAACAGGAGAUUUCCAAACUUCGCCAAGCACUAGAAUUAGAGGAGGGAGUGAAGAAAUACUCGUACGAGAUUUCAGACGGCUCCGGGAGGAACGUUCGUCUGUGUAUCUGGCGGCACCCCGGAAAUGACGUCACAGGGAUGAUUGCCAGGAUGGAAAAAACCGCGGGAUUCAUGGGAAAGUUUUUGGGAGGAGAAGUGUACCAUUACAGCAGCAAGUUAAUUCAGAAGGAACCGCACACGGGAGGACAGUUCAGAUGGCACCAGGACUAUGGAUAUUGGUACAAGAGUGGCUGCCUGUUCCCCGACAUGGGCUCCCUGUACAUCGCUAUCGAUAAAACAGAUACGGAGAACGGGUGUAUGCAGGUACUGCCAGGUUCGCACAGGCUGGGCCGUAUUGAGCACACGUUUGUAGGCGGGCAGCAGGGAGCAGACCUGGAGCGGGUCAACCACGUCAGGAAGGUGUUCGAACUGGUUCAUCUGGAGUUAGAUGAAGGUGACGCCUGCUACUUUCACUCCAACCUGCUGCACUGCAGUGGCCAGAACAACUCCGCUAGGCGGCGCUGGGCCAUCAUCACAUCAUACAACCGCGCCAGUAACAAUCCCGUACCCGAGGAGUCCCACCCCUGGCCUCUGUACACACCGAUACAGAUGGUCCCAGACGACGCGUUGCUGAAAUGUGAAAACUUUACAGACCUGAGCGGCAAGGCCUUCGUCGACCCAGCAACGGACAAAACUGUCAAAGUUGAGCCCAACUCGCUCCAGAAGCAGUGA